AUGUUCUGCGCACGCUUGGGAUCUAGGAUUUCCUUUAACAGCUGUCGUUUGGGUUCAGGCGCCUUCAUGGUAAGUUGGCGUUUAAUUGUCGCCUUGCUGAAAAGCUGCUUGACCAGGGUUGAAUCGAACAGUUUGUCCUCUGCCGACGGUUUUGGCAAAUUCUCGAAGAUGGUACCCUUGACUGCGUUUAUGUUAAGAGGUUUCCAGUGUAACCGCACUCCCAACGGUGGCGGCUUCUUAGCCACUGCCGUUUUGCCCUUGAGAAUCGGCGGCGGCGGGGCGGCCUUCAUUUUACACGGCGGGCCCUUUUUCAUGGGUGGGGCCGCAGACUUGGCAGAAGCGUCCUUCGGUUUAGAUGGUGGUGGAGGUAUCUUCGGCUGCAGAGUUUUGGCCAUCGGCGGAGCCGGUUUCUUUACGAUGGGGGCAUCUGGACCUGCAGCUGCUGUUGGAGGUACAGGCUCGCCGGUUGGCGAUUUUGCUGUAGGAGCCGCAGGAGGUGGCAAUGAAGCUUUAGGCAGCCCUCCAGGUAUUGCCUUCGAUAUCGAUUUUGAUCCAUGA